UUCCCGGGGUGUGAUUGGCUGUCGUUGUCUCCGCCCCACGUAUUAAGCCGGUGAAGGUUAAGGUGAAGGCAGCAGUGUGCUCUCAGCUGGUGUCAUAGCUCGGUGUCCUUCCAAUGGCUUCCUCCAUCUUCGCCUCCGUGCCUCAGGCCCCGCCAGUAGCGGUCUUCAAGCUCACCGCAGACUUCCGUGCAGACAGCGACACUCGCAAGGUCAACUUGGGAGUGGGAGCAUACCGUACAGAUGACUCUCAGCCCUGGGUCCUGCCUGUGGUGAAGAAGGUGGAGCAGAAGAUAGCCAAUGACCAGUCAUUAAACCACGAGUACCUGCCGAUUCUCGGACUUCCAGAAUUCCGCUCCAGCUCCUCCAGGAUCGCUCUGGGUGAGGACAGUCCUGCCUUCAAGGAAGAUAGGGUCGGUGGUGUGCAGUCCCUUGGUGGGACAGGAGCUCUGCGCAUUGGAGCGGAGUUCUUGAGGCGCUGGUACAAUGGAACCAAUAAUACUGCAACCCCGAUCUACAUCUCUUCACCCUCGUGGGAAAACCAUAACGCUGUAUUUCUUGAUGCGGGGUUUAAGGACAUCCGGGCAUACCGUUAUUGGGAUGCAGCUAAACGGGGACUUGACCUGAAGGGGCUGUUGAAAGAUUUGGAGAAUGCUCCGGAGUACUCAAUCUUUCUCUUGCACGCAUGUGCACACAAUCCUACAGGAACAGACCCUACCCAGGACGAGUGGAAGCAGAUAGCCACUGUUAUGAAGAAACGAUACCUGUUCCCAUUCUUUGACUCUGCGUAUCAGGGAUUUGCCUCCGGAGAUCUAGACAAGGACGCCUGGGCCGUGCGUUACUUUGUAUCUCAAGGAUUUGAGCUGUUCUGUGCUCAGUCAUUCUCCAAGAACUUUGGCCUGUACAAUGAAAGAGUGGGAAAUCUGACUGUUGUGGGCAAAGACAGCGAUAAUGUCAGCCGCGUCCUUUCUCAGAUGGAGAAGAUUGUGCGCACAACUUGGUCCAAUCCGCCAUCACAAGGAGCUCGCAUUGUCGCCACCACUCUGACUACCCCGGAGCUGUUUGAUGAAUGGAGGGACAAUGUGAAGACGAUGGCAGAGCGUGUCCUACUCAUGAGAGCAGAACUUAAGUCAAGACUGGAGGCUCUCAAUACCCCAGGCACCUGGAAGCACAUCGUGGAGCAGAUUGGAAUGUUCAGCUUCACUGGUCUCAAUCCCAAGCAAGUUGAAUACGUCAUUAAAGAGAAGCACAUUUAUCUGAUGGCCAGCGGUCGAAUUAACAUGUGCGGGCUAACGACAAAGAACCUUGACUACGUGGCCCAGUCUAUAUAUGAAGCUGUCACCAAGAUCCAGUAAA